AUGCAAUCAAUAACUUCUUAUUGUUUUUCAGAGCCACCAGAUCAUCCGACUCAAGUAGAAGUUAUUCAUAUAUCGAGCCGCAGCGUUCAUAUUCGAUGGGCUGUCCCCUUCAACGGAAAUAGUCCUAUUAUUCGUUUCAUAGUAGUUACAGAUCAUACGAAAGGAAAAUCUGAUGCGAGCCUUGUUACAACCGACAUAUCGGGAAGUCAGACAGAUGCAACUCUUAGAGGCUUGAAGCCACGAUCUACUUAUAACAUCCAUGUAGUUGCAGAAAAUGCCGUUGGAAGAAGUCCACCCAGUAAAGUUUUAACAGUAACUACAGAUGAUGAAGUUCCAAGAACUCCACCUUUGCAAGUUAGAGUUGUGCCAAUCAGCUCAAAUUCUCUUCGAGUCUAUUGGUUGCCACCAGAUGGUGCGAAUGAUGGCGGAGGAUCCAUUACAGGAUAUUACGUUGGUUAUAAAGCUACGAAAACUGGAGGGCAGUACCUAUUCAAAACUCUUAAAGUUAACGAAGAUUUUGAAAAUGAAUGUGUUCUGACCAAUCUAUUGAGUUCAACAGAAUAUAGCAUAGUAGUGCAAGCUUUUAAUGAGAAAGGUCCUGGACCUCAGUCAGAUGAAAUAGUAGCACAGACUUUAAAAUUUGAUCCUCCUAAAAGUCCAACUUUGGAAGCAACGAAAACUACAACAAAUUCUAUACAAAUCCAAUGGGAAAGCAGCGGCGAUGUUGAUGGUUACUUGGCUUAUAUGCGAGAAGAAAACGGCGAGUGGAAAGAAGCGACUUUGCCUUCGAACAUUCUUAAAUAUAAUUUUGAAAAUCUAAAAUGUGGGAACGUCUACCAAAUAUAUCUUAUUCCAUUUACUACGGGUGGAAAAGGAGAAAGAAGUCAAAUAUUAACAGUCAAAACAGAAGGAAAAGCACCCAUUGCGCCACUUAAAGAACAGUUUCUUCAAGUUAAUGCCUCUUCAGUUACCGUAUUCCUUUCCGCCUGGGAUGACGGUGGUUGCCUAAUUACCCACUAUAUGUUGCGAUACAGGUCCCAAAAUGAGCAGAAAUGGACAGAAGUUCCUGUUAUGAAUCACAGACCAAGGGCUUUUAUCACAGGACUUAUUCCAGGGCACUGGUACAAGCUGAUCGCAGGAGCUCGAAAUAGCGCUGGAAGCAAAGACGUUGAAUUGGAUUUCCUUACAAGAAGAACAGACGUUGGAAAAUCACAAGGUAUUGGACAUCCACCGCCAAUCGUGGCCGAGUCAUCUGCAAUGGAACUCCAGCGGAGAGUUGCUGUGAUAACGUCUGCCGUCUGUUCGGCAGUGGUGCUUGUUGUCAUUUUGAUUGCAGCUUGUGCAGUGCUUACAAGGCGGCGCAGACACAGGCCAGAAGGACACGAUUCAGGAGCUGACCGAAGAAGCACAGGCGAAAUACAAAAAUCUGAGACUGUAGCCCUGAGCGCGUGGGAAAAACGCCCUAGGGUUGAUUCAUCACAAAGAGGCUCACAAUGUAGAGAAUCGCUUUAUCUACCUUGUCCAUACGCUACAGCGAGACUUUCCCAGUUCUCAGUAGAUGGCGACACCGACGGCGUCCACCACUCAGUGUCCCUAGCGGGAAAUGAACAUUCGUAUGAUGUGCCUAUUCAAGUGGUCAGUAAAUUACAUUAACGCGAGAAUUGAAUUCUAUUUUUUGUAUGUAAAUAUAUUGUAUUAUGAGUGUCAUUAUAUUGUACAAAAGUGUUGUACUUAUUUAUUUCGUGCUGCAAAUGUGUUGAUAAGAGGUGUUUCCUAUGGUUAAGGUGAUAUUUUAAACCAUUAAAUAGAACUUAUAUUAUUCGUUAAAUUAAAGCUCGAUUAAUUUUUCAUGAUCUGCUUCUAAUCUAAUGAAAAUUAUACACAAACAUUACACACGUUUUCUAAAGUUCUGUCAUUAAAGGGCAAGUUUAAUAAAUCUCAAUAUGAAACUUAUCAUUAUGUGUUUUAAAAUGCAGUCUUACUUAAAUGUUUGCGUUAAUAUUAUGCCCGUUUACACUUCAUCUUCCUGAUUAAGAAAAUUCGUAUAUAUACUUAAAUUUAUUGCAAUUUUUCUUCAAAAUAUUUAUUUACCCUGGUGUUGUCAUAGAGUUAUAUCAUGAAAACUGAAGUUCUCUAGCGAAAAUACUUGAAAUAUUACUAUUAAAUAAGAACUGGAACUGUUUCUCAUUUUUUGCAUUGAAUAACUCCUAAUAAACCAAAUACAAGAAAUUAUAAAGCAUGUGAAUUUUUUAUUAAAACUUCAUGUUCCGAUUUUUUUUUUUUUUUUUUUUUUACUAAAUUAUACAACAUUUUUAAAUCCUUUCGAUAAUAUUCUCAAUAUUGCUGAAAUAAAUUGUAGUAUAUUUUAUUUUCUUCCCCGCUCUACACUUUUAAAAUCACAAUAUUAGAAAAUACCUGAUGAGGACACCACAUGAAUUCUUGUAAGGCAUAUUAAAUUACACACACUAUUUGCAGCAUUUCAUUGAAAAGGAUUUCCUCAAAUUUAUUCCUCUAAUUUGUUCUGUACGUACGCACAGAAUAAAGAACGUAUGUACAUCACCCAAAAAAAUUCCUCUAAAUGGAUUUGGAAACUGUCAAAAUGUAUAUUUCGAGAUUAUAAUACCUCCUUUACUUCGCACAAGGAGGUCAGAAUUCGGUAUUUAUAAAUGAAGCUGAUGUUAUUUAAAGGUUAUUAAUUCUUAUUCUAAAAAUAAACAAGACUUUAAGAAACCACGUAUUUAAAAAAAAAAAUCUAUUUUUGAGACUCAUAAGAGAUAAGAGUGAAUUUUAAAGCAAUAAAUUAAUCUGAAUUUAACCGAUUCUCUAGUAAUUUGCUUUAAAUGAAAUUUUAAAUUAUGUUUUAAUUACAAUAUUUAGCAAACUAUAAAGAUUUCAAAGUUAAAAAUUUAACUCUGUUGUCAUCUAAUAAAUGUCUAAAUCUUUUAAUAUUCAAGCUGUAACUAAUAUAAUAACAAGUUAACAUCUUGGUGGGAGUGAAACACUUUUUAUCAUCUACUGUACAAUGAAAUCAUAAUUUCAGAUUACUGCAUUAUUAAUUGUUACAUUUAUUUUCCAUUUAGUUUUAUAAAAGGAGGAUUUUUUUGUUUCAUUUUAUAUAUUGCAAACAAAGUAACGUAUGUGGAAAUGCCGAAGAUAUUAUGAAUAUGAAAAUAAUAUUUAUUAAGUUAUUGAAUUAUUCAAGUUAUUAAUUUUAUAUAGUUAGUUUUUUAUAACCUAAACAGCGAAUUAAUUGUUCUAAAUUUGUAUUACAAUAAAACACUAAUAUUAUUCCUUAUCUUUAUGUAUAUAUGUUAGUAUCUGUUAUUACUUUUCAUUUUAUUUUAAUACCUUUUACAAUAUUAGUAUCAUUAUUAUAUCCGUAUAAUAUAAUAACAAUGUGGAAAAAAAAUUGAAAGAAAUGGGAAACUCUUCUUUAUAAACACAUUGUUUGUCUGAGACAAAUGUGUAUAGAAUGUUCUUCACACCUGCAUCGCUCACUGUGCAUUCAUGGACACGUAAUGUGUUCCAUUUGCCAUUUGGUUCUUGUGAUCCAACACUUUUUACAUUUUCAACAUGUCUGUGCCAUUCUGAUGAUGUAUCAUUGAAGUCUUUAUUAAAACAUUAUUUUCUA